AUGGAAGACCCUCUUGAUCACCUGGACGAGUUUGACAGGCUCUGCAGCCUCACAAAGAUCAAUGGUGUCAGCGAAGAUGCAUUCAAGCUGCGCUUGUUCCCAUUCUCUCUUGGUGACAAAGCACAUCAGUGGGAAAAAGCUUUACCUCAGGGAUCCAUCACCUCUUGGGAUGAUUGUAAGAAGGCUUUUCUUGCGAAGUUCUUCUCUAACUCGCGGACUGCUAAGCUCCGCAAUGCAAUCUCCAGCUUUGCUCAGAAAAAUGGUGAAACCUUCUGUGAAGCUUGGGAAAGAUUCAAGAGCUCCACUACUAAAUGUCCUCACCAUGGUUUCAGUCAGGAAUCCCUCCUUAGUACUCUCUACCGGGGCGUUCUGCCUAAGUUCAGGAUGAUGCUUGACACUGCAAGCAAUGGCAACUUCCUGAACAAGGAUGUUGAAGAUGGUUGGGAGCUUGUUGAGAACUUAGCUCAAUCUGACGGGAACUACAAUGAGGAUUGUGAUAGGACUGUUAGGAGCAACAACGAUACUGAUGACAACACCAGGAAGGAAAUCAAGGCUCUUCAUGAGAAAUUUGACAGGAUUUUGUUGGGUAAACAGAAGCAGGUUAUUUCUGUAUGUGAAGCUGCGCAGAUACAGGUCCCAGAUGGGGAGGUUGAUCCAACUAAGGAGUUAUGCUACAUGCAGAACCAAGGUGGCUACAAUAGAGGUUUCAACAACUACAGAGCUAACCCGAAUCUCUCCUACAGAAGCACAAACAUUGCUAAUCCACAGGAUCAAGUCUACCCUCAGCAACAACGACCUCAACAACAGCAGGCGCAGCAGCCGCACAAGCCCUUCGUUCCUUACAACCAGAAUCAGAAUUUUGCUCCGAAGCAGCAGUACUUUCAACCACAGCAGCAGGGCAACAUGAGUGCACCUCCAGGUUUUCCACCUCAGGCACCACCUCCCGAUAUGACAACUAUGCUUCAGCAACUUCUUCAAGGACAAGCAGCUGGUGCUCAGGAUGUUGCCAAGAAGUUCUCUGAAGUGCAACAUAAUUUUCACGAUUUGAACACCAAAGUUGAGGCACUGAACUCUAAAGUGAAGUACCUAGAGAGCAACCACGCUACAACUUCUUCUGCAAAGCCUCAAGGCCAACUUCCAGGAAAAGCUAUCCAAAACCCGAAAGAGUACCACCAAGCUCAAAGUAUUACCCUUCGCAGUGGCAGAAAACUCCCAUCUCAAACAGGACCUACUGCAAUCACUGUGGACAGUGAUGAACAAGAUGGGGAGGACUUCUGUGAACCAGAGAUUCAAGCUGAGCAGAAGGAAGAGGAAGACAAGAUCCAAGUUCAACCAGAGUUACAAGCUAAACCCUCGAUUGAAAAAGCAACAGUUCCUGAAGCAAAGAAGCCAAUGUUCAUCCCACCUCCUUACAAGCCUAAACUUCCAUUCCCAGGAAGGUUCAAGAAAGAGUUGGUGGCGAAGUACAAAUCGCUUUUUGAUAAACAAAUGAAGGAGAUCAAAGUGAAAAUGCCUUUACUCGAUGCUAUUGCUCUCAUACCUCAGUCCCACAAGUUUUUGAAAGAUCUGGAAGGCUGUCAUGGAAAAGCUCGGGGAUCCAGGAUGCUUCAGUCUGCCAUGCUCCCUUGGUCCAUUGGCUUUCAAUAA